GACCGCGGGCACCGCUCAUCUGGCAAGGCAGUGGGCUCCGAGUCAACUGGUAUGACCGCAGGCACUGGGUCAGACAUUGGAUCGUCUGACUGGACAGCGGGCAUCGGGUCACCAGGCAUCAAGUCAUUUGGCUUGACAGCGAGCAACGCGUCAUCUGGCAAGGCAGUGAGUUCCGAGUCAACUGGCAUGACGCGGGGCACUGGGGCAGACAUUGAAUCGUCUGGCUGGACAGCGGGCAUCGGGUCACCAGGCAUCAGGUCAUUUGGCUCGACAGCAGGCAUCGGGUCAUUUGGCUUGCCAGCGGGCACCGCGUCAUCUGGCAAGGCAGUGGGCACCGGGUCACCAGGCAUUGGAUCGUCUGGCUCGACAGCGGGCAUCGGGUCACCAGGCAUCAGGUCAUUUGGCUCGCCAGCGGGCACCGCGUCAUCUGGCAAGGCAGUGGGCACCGAGUCACCAGGUACGACAGCGGGCUCUGAGUCAAUUGGCACGACAGCGGGCACCGGAUCAGGUACCGGAUCAUCUGGAUCAACAGCGGGCAUCGAGUCAACUGGC